GCCAAGCAAGCUCAAUGCGCAACGAUCCGAUGUAGCCAUGGGCGGCAGGCUGGCGGCUUGGGCAUUGGUGACGUUGGCCACGCUAGGCCUCGUGCUUCCAGCGGUUGUCAUCAUCGUCCUGCAGCCCAAGUCGACGCAAAAAGUGACCACCUUUGUGAACAGCACUGCGCCUUUGGACAUCUAUGUUGUUCUGGAUGCCAGUGGAUCGGUCAACGACGCAGACUGGAAGGAGAGCUUGCUGUUCGCCAAAGACUUGACCUUGCAACUGAACCAGUCCGUGCCCGAGUUCCGAGCUGGACUGGGAUGGUUUGCCACCACCUACCGGAACGUGUUCGACGUUACCUCAGACCUCUCCGCCGUGGCUCGACUGCCCGCGGGUGUGUCUGUGAAGAAGGGCACCACAAAUACGGCGGCUGCCCUGUGCGGCAACGCGUUUGAAGCCACAAAGCUGGCCGAGGCGGGGCCCAAGUGCCGUGGCGGUGCCUACGGCAAGCUGAAGCAUGCUGCCGAAGUUUCCGGUGGCUUUGAGGCUGUCUCGGGCUGUGAAGAGCAGACGAGCUCCAGCAUGAUCAUCAUGGUCACUGACGGGAGGCCGAACACAGGCGAAGCCCAUGGGAGUGACCUGCUGCCGAUGCUCGCGGCUCAGUUCAUCAAAGCGGAGACCAACACAACAAUCCUCGGGAUUCUGGUGGGCAACCCUCAACAGGCGAACCGGGAGAUUCUUUACGGCUUAUCUUCCUGCUGCGCUCCUGCUGCUAUGGCCCUGGGAGAAGAAGGCUACCCGCGGUGCAGCGAGCCCGUGAAUGAGAGCUGUGCCUACAUGUUUCAGAUGAAGGACUACAACGCCCUGAUGCGGAGCGUUGGGAUCAUCGAAGGCACAUUGAAGGACGAGCUUCAAUGCGAGGGAAUGGAGGAACGCAUCUUUACGAUGGCAGAUUCACGAAGCCUGUGGUUUCUGCUGCUCCUUGUGCCUGUGCUGGUGCACCAGCUGUGGCAGCGAUGCUUGCUUUGCGUUGGAAAGUCUUCGCCUGACGCUCGGUGCCUGACAGCACCAGACCAAGAGAUGGAGAUGACAGCGCCUGCGCCAACCCAACCUCGACCAGAGCCUGAAGCGGUUCAUGUGCAAGAGCCCAGGCUCCGGCUGCGGCUCAAACUGCUGCGCGCACAGGGAAGAAGUGGGCGCCCGUGCGCACAGCUUACAUCAUCAAUGGCGCUCGGAUGGACGUGGACUACGGGGUGCCUCGCGGGAGCGGCCCCCCGAGCGCGCCGAACGCCGCGCGGCGCGGGGAGUCCUUCGAGAGCGUCAACGACUACCCGGAGACUGCUAUGCAGGCCGAGCCGACAGAGGUAGGCGUGGGUGUGGUGGGGACUACACUCAUCGUGGUGAGUCCAGAGGACUUGGUGCCAGCAGCACGAGUCUUCAACUGCCACAUCUGUGUGCCGCUGCUGAUGACGCUGCUGCUUCUCCCCCUUGUCAUCAUGAAGAGCGGACUCCUCCCGGACUAGGCGACGCAGGGACAUGGCCUGCGGUCCGAGCGCGAAGCACGGCCAAAGCGAAGGGCACACCGAGCUGUCGGAGUGCUUUAUGGAUGCGAGUCGCUUUGAGUGCUCGGAGUAGGUUGCGCGAUCGUUUGGCAUGGAAA